CGCGGGUACCACGAGAAGGUGAUCUCGCACUACGAAAACCCAAGAAAUGUCGGGUCGCUGCCCAAGAACGACAAAGAUGUGGGCACAGGUCUCGUUGGCGCCCCUGCUUGCGGGGAUGUCAUGAAACUGCAAAUUCGCGUCGACGAAAAUGGCAUCAUCUCCGAUGUCAAGUUCAAGACCUUUGGAUGCGGUAGUGCCAUCGCGUCAAGCUCGUAUAUGACCGAGCGCGUCAAGGGCUUGUCGCUGGAGGAGGCUGAGAAGAUCAAGAACACGGAGAUUGCGAAGGAGUUGGCGCUGCCGCCGGUGAAGUUACAUUGUUCCAUGCUUGCCGAGGAUGCCAUCCGCUCCGCCAUCCGGGAUUACCGGACAAAACGC